ACUUUAAAUAUACAAUAUGCAAAUUAAGUAUCUGUAUCAUUCAUACAUCUGCAUAUCGAUAUUAAUCCGUUAGCAUCCGUUUUUUGUUUUACAUAAAAUGCAUUCUAUUGUGUUUUUAUUAGUAUUAUUCUCUUUUUUUCAAUAAACGUAUAGGUUCUAUAUGCAUUAUUUUUGUUUCUACCGAUCAAAGCGCGUCUAUUGCCUUCCUCCUCUGUCGUCUUGUAGAAAGCGGCAGACGAAGCAUCGGUUCCUUACUGUAGUAUUAUUCUGCUUUUUGGAUGAGCCCACGGCUGAUGCGCACAUCACGUCUACCAAUCAAUGCGACGCGUUACGACUGCGCGCUGCACUCUCAGCCACUGAGAGCAGUCAAUGAAUAUUUAUGGCGAGGCUGCUCACUCUCCGGCGCUCAAAGUUAGUGGAUUAGCAGUGGGAGGAUGACUGCGUGAUACAACAUCAGCACCUCGUUUGGAUUAAGAUCCAGCGUUUGCGCCGAUUGCCACUUGAAAUCAGCGGUGUGAAGGACAGCGGUGUCAAAAUUGCACUCCAGAAGCGGUAUCGGGUGCAGACGUGCCCUGCACAUCACUUCAGAGACUUUGCUCUCUCUUUGCCCCUUUUCUUCUAAGAUGCCAAGACUUCCAUCAGCAUCAACACCCUCAGUCUACAACCGAGAGGGCUGCUCGUUUGGAAGGACGCCCGACCGCAGCCGUUCUCAUCUGCAAGUUCAAUCCGAUCAAUUGUGACAAAGGCUGUCAGCGUCGGAAUAAGAAAUCGAUACUCGAGACGUUCUUCUGGAAUUUUAACGAUCCGAUUUCCUCCAGCGAAGAAGAGCGCGUGGAGAGCGCGGGAUCCUCCUCGCACUUUCAGAUGUUUGCGGUGUUGAUGGUGACAGAUUAUUGUUGUUGAGUGUCCAUGCGAGACUUGGGGUGGAAACAUGUCUGGCCACUUCUCUGAGAGGGUCGCUGCUAUCAGAGAUGGCAUUUUGGUCCAGCACUUCGGUUUUUACUUCUAAAGUGCCCCGGAAGAUCUUAUUCAUGUUCACCCUGUCCCUUUCUGUCACCUACCUGUUCUAUAGCUUGAUGAGCUGUUACAACUCCUUCCAGUUCCAGGAGAACUACGUCUAUCAGGGGAGGCUCGUGACAGAGGAGACAACUUUUGUUACGCUGAGGGAGAAACUUUACUCGACCUCUUCGCAGAUCUACCUCGACGAGGAGUUCGUCGAGAGAACGGCCACAGAGCAAACCAUCGCCGUCUCGAGCAUUAGAAAUAGCGUGGGGAUCGACGAGAGGACGGCGGGAUGGGUGCGAGCUCAGGCGGCUACGACGCGCUCCGCCGCCGCCGCCGCCGCUGCUGGAGAGCCCCCGGAAUUCAGCACCACGGACAGCGAGCUUCGGAGAGCGGUGAACUGCACCUCGGAUUACGGGGUUAAAAAAUUGCCCCAAGCCAUUAUAAUCGGAGUGAAGAAAGGGGGGACAAGGGCUCUGCUGGAAGCUUUGCGGGUUCACCCCGACGUGCGAGCCGUUGGGAAUGAGCCGCACUUCUUUGACAGGAACUACGAGAAGGGGCUGGAUUGGUACAGGGAGCUGAUGCCGUCUACUCUGGAGGGACAGAUCACGAUGGAGAAGACGCCCAGCUACUUCGUGACAAACAGCGCCCCGAAGCGAAUCCACACGAUGGCGAGAGACAUUAAGCUAAUCAUAGUCGUCCGCAACCCGGUCACCAGAGCCAUUUCGGAUUACACUCAGACGCUCUCCAAGAGGCCCGAGAUUCCCACUUUCGAAGUGCUGGCCUUCAAGAACCGAACGCUGGGCCUGAUCGACGCCUCGUGGAGUGCCCUGCGAAUAGGGAUCUACGCGCUUCACCUGGAGAGCUGGAUGCAGUACUUCCCGCUCUCGCAGAUGCACUUUGUCAGCGGAGAGCGGCUUAUCGUCGAUCCGGCCGGCGAGAUGGCAAAGGUGCAGGAUUUCCUGGGACUCAAGCGCAUUGUUACCGACAAACAUUUCUAUUUUAAUAAAACCAAGGGAUUCCCUUGCUUGAAGAAGCCAGAGGACAGCAGUACCCCACGGUGCCUUGGCAAGUCCAAGGGCAGAACUCACCCCAAAAUAGACCCCGAUGUCAUUCGCAGACUGCACAAAUUCUACAAGCCCUUUAACAUGAUGUUCUACCAAAUGACGGGGCAAAACUUUCAGUGGGAACUGGAGGAGGACGGCAACUCGCCUGGCUCUCGGGACUGAACCGCUGCUGCUCUCCGCACCACCAGCCUUCUCAUAGCCCCUCAUCAGCCGUUCCCUCGAUCCGUGCUUCAACGCGCCAAUCGAUUAUUGCUGUCUUUUUGCAAAAGUGUGUGUACCCAUAGCGAGAGUGCUAAUCUCUGAUCUGCCCCAAUACAAAUGGUGUUCAUGAUGGCAAACAUGGUUACUGUACAUAUUAUCCCGAACAUAAAUAUAUUUAUAUUUGUCAAGAGAAGAGAAUUUUAUUCAUUUUCUUCAGAACGAGUUGCUAUACGAAUCAUGUCUUCUAUGAUGAUGCAUGCGAUGAGUUAAGUGUCCUUACCCACCGUCACCCUGAGGGUUCUCUUUUUUCAAUCUCUCUCUUUUUCUCGCACACCAGCAGUGAGUGCAGUACACUGAGUCUGAUAACCGAGGUUAUUUGUGGAUUCGGAAGAGUAGAAACAACUACAAUCAAAUGCAGAUCUUACCGAUAUGGUAAUCCUCUAAAAUAAGAAUGUUUCAGCUAUUUCUGCCCAAUUUUAUGCAUACUGUUUUGUUUCGUGGCUAAUAAAAAUUCACAUAGUUGGGUCCAAAAGCUUACGCUAGUAUAUGCAUUUUAAAAAAAUUAUAUACUGUAUUUAAUAUUAUAGUAUCCAAUAUAUUAUCAGAACGACAGUUGUACUGCAUAUAUUUAACUUUUUUUGGGGAGUUCUUUGUUUUUUUCAAAUCUUAAAACAUUUAUGCCAAGGCAAUAGGCUUUUGGACCUUAUAUUUUAAAUAAAUUAGCUCUUCAUAACUCUUUAUUUAAUUAAAUGUUCACUUACACUACUGUUCAAAAGUUUGGGGUCGGUAAGUUUUUAAAAUGUUUUCGAAACACAGAGGAUGCAUUUAUUUGUAAAAACAGUAAUAUUGUGAAAUAUUAUCACAAGAGUCUAAUAACUGUUAUAUUUGCCUAUUUUUAAAAAUGCAAUCACUCUAGUCUUCAGUGCCAGAUCUUUUCAAAUCAUUCUAAAAUGCUGAUUUGACUCUCAAAAAUAAAUAAACAAAUUAAAAUAUUACUAUAAAUGUUGUAAAAUGAGCUUCUUAAUAUUUUUGUAUAAACCGUGGCACAUUUUUUUCAGUAUUUAUUUGAAAUAUAAAUCUUCUGUGACAUUAUGAAAGUCCUUCCUAUUGCUUUUGAUGCAUAUUGUCUAACAAAAAUAAUAAAUAGCAUUAGUAUUAAAAAACAACAUGUUAAAAUGACCACAUACUUUUGAAUGGUUGUGUACUGUACAUUGUAAUAAAACAGGCUUUUAGACAUCUAAAACUACUAUUAAUACGGCAAUCAUUCAUUACCAUGGUAUAUAAAGUACAGUAUCAAGGUUACAUACAGUACGUAUAACUUGAAUUAUUUUCAUUGUGUGAGUGUGGACUGAAGGAAUGUCAGGUCUAAAUGAUGUGUGAUAUGGUAUGUGAGUGAGUUAGCAGUAUGUAGUAUUUUUUUAUUUGAUUUCUUACACUGUGCAACAUUGUGUGUAUUUAAUCACAACCUCAAGAGUGAUGCCAUCCUUUAUGUAAGUUGAUCGCAGCCACUAAAACUGUCAUUAUCACACUCACGGCUUAUUUCAGAAGAAUCCAAAGUGUUGCACAUAUGCUCCAUUCCUGGGUUUUACCCUCCACAUUUUUUUUUUUUUAAAGCAGUCGCUGGCACAGUGAUACAGCAACAUGAUAAUGAGUGUAGCAGCACUGCUGGCGGAGAGAGCAGCAGGGAGUUACCAAACAUCUGCUGUAACAAAGUCCUCUGUCAUUACAGACAAAUACGACAUUAAAAGAGAUGCCUGUGAAAACCAUCAAGGAAGUGAGAUUUUUCAAUGUGCAACUGAUUGAUACAUUUCACGUUAAGGAAGAUAUAGAAAUCACAUUUCUGGGAAUACUGCAUUGAUCUUGAUGCUAAAUGCUUUAUUUUUUACCAAAAAGCCAUGUUGUUUUCAUAAACGCACUCUGCUAGCUGACGAUAUAGUGGAUUUUGUUAUAUACUUGUGCACUUGAUUUGGAGAGCCAAAUGUUUCUCAGCAUUAAUGUGUAAGUCUUGGCCAUUCAUAACCCAAAGCAAUGUUUCUCCAUUGCCUUCAUCUCAGAUGUUGUUGUCAUACAUUAAAAUGUUUUGCAAAGCACUGUUGCAUGACCUAUUCAUGCCUAAAACUACUCUAUAAUGCCACUCGAUACUUAUUUAUUUGGCAAUUUAAGUCGGUGUUGUGCUAUCUGAUAAUUUAAACCACACGACUCCAACUCUCAGCCGAAAAGAACGUUACAUGAAUAGCAAGCAGUGAUUAAAUGAAACAGCCCAUUGGAUAAUUUUAAGAAAACAUUAAUUACAUUUGUGCUAUGACAUUUAAAGUAAACCCUCAGGAUACAAAAAUGGAGAUAAAGUAAAUCUCACAUGCCUCGCAUUUAGAAUGUAUUAUUUAUUUUCUGUCGUUAAUUGAUUACAAACAUUCAGGCCAGAAUGAACUUUUAAUAGGUAAUGUGAAUGGGAAAACUUUUCAGAGUUUACCUAUUCCGCAGAUUCUUUCGGUUAAAAAAGCAGAAAUGUGGUUUGCGCGAAUCUGGCUUGUUUGAUAAGAAAAUAACAGGGUGUCAAUGUCCAUUAAACAUUGCUUUCGCAUUCGCAUGCUUUUCGAAUUCCCCCUCCAUUCAGUCCGUCUGCCGUGUCUGUGAACUGUUUAACAACUUCGACAAUCAAUGCAGUCAAUAAAUCAAUAAACACGGUCUUAAUACACAUCCCUGGCCUGUACGGGCCCUCCCUCCGCACACCUCUCUGGCCGUGCCGAGCUUGUUGUAUGUUCUCAGUGCUGAGCUGGUGUGUUUUUCGCCCGGGGGGAAUGACAGACCUGAGAGAUAGUUACACAGAGCAAUUGGUUCAAUCAGAGUAAGCGCUGUGCUGCCCUUUUAUAUCCCCCUGACUGAACACUGAAGCCUGAACCACAAUAUCCCAGGUCACCCGUUCUGCUUUGAGCCUCAGCUGUGUAGCUAUCCCCCUGGUGCUCCGCUGAAAAGCGCUCUGAUUUCAACUUUCUCUCCUCCAUGUAACACACCUCCAUUCUUCCUUCGACAAUGGAUCUGUGGAGUAAGACAGGUGGGAGCCGACCAGCUGCUUUUUCUUUUUCUUUCAUCCUUUUUUUUAUGAUUUGUGCAAACCAAGCAGCACUAAUGUCAAACACUGUGUCCUAACCAGGCAUGAUGCGCUAAAUUGCUAAAAGGUUUCUGCUGGCUUUCUCACAAAAAGAGACAUUUUGCAGGUGUUACUGUAUUGUUUUUUUUUUUAGUUUUUUUUUGGAUUUGGUGUCACGCUGAGUAGUCCUAUCCAUAACAAAUUUUUGGUCCAAAUUUUUGCUCCUCAAAACUGUAUACAGAGUGCUUAAUCCUGAAAUCUGGAAACAACAUGUUUUUCAGUUGCACUGUUACAGAGUCAGUAGGUUUUUAGCAUGCUGUUUUGUUUUGUUUUGAUGCUUGAAAUAAGUCAAAUAUUUGCACUUUAUAAUUUACACCUCUUGAGCGUUUAUGAUUUUUGCUUAAUAAACAUCACCGCACAGAACAGCUAAACUCACCUAUACGCACCUGCUCGUUUUUACGGCCUAGUUGUGCACUUUUUUCUUUUCUCAUUUUUUAAACGAAGACUGGAAGAAUCUGAAGAAUCACGAUGAACGAAACAUGUAAGAAUCGUAAAACUUGUUGGCCACAGAGCUUAUUUUCUGCAAUAAUUCAAAAGCCAAAUGGAAAAUCGUACACGUUUUUUUUUUAAACGAACCAGGGUGAUGCUGACUUCCAUGCUGGCCUAUAAAAAUACAUAAAUCCUGCUGCACUCUAAAACAUCAACAACUUACAAAUGGGUAGUUGUGUCACAACAUGAUGCAAUUGAGUUUUUUUGCUGGGAAUUUCACUGGUUAGGACAUGGUAUAAACCUUUGCUUUAGUUUCAUGAGGAUAAUUACUCAACAGAACGAGACUACAAUCAACACACUGUGAAGAAAAAAAAAGAAGAUAUGAGUAUUUGGUGUGAAAAUACUCAAGGUUUGAAUAAGCUGCGGCAGUGAUAAGGUUCUCGCAGAUAUUUUGGAAUGUACAGCUUCAUGAAUAUUCUAUGUAUUUGCACACUGAUCUAGAAAAAAAAUCUGCUAUGAUGUAAAUAUCAGAAGUGUAUAAUGUACAUAUGCAGCCAAUUCUUUUUCAAACAGAAAAUAAAAGUGGAAUGAGAGCCACCGAG